CAACCACAUCUCAGAAGCUGCUACAUUGCCUUGGAACCAAGGAUCUAUCAGCCAUGGCCGUUGCUAUGAAGCUUCUGUUUCUCCUCGUCUGCAGCUACCAUUCUCUCCUCGCUCACGCAAGACACGGCCCCAACUACAGGGUCCUUGCCACUGGCUCUCCUAGCCCUGAUGCCGUCUGCACGGAGCUGAAAGCGGUUCUUCCGUCAUCCGGCGGCGGCGCCGUCGUUCCGUUGCACCACCGGCACGGCCCAUGUUCGCCGCUGCCCUCCAAGGAGAUGCCGUCCCUGGACGAGAUGCUCCGCCGUGAUCAGCUCCGAGCCGGCUACAUCCAGCGGAUGUUCUCGGCCGGCACGAACGGCACCCGCGACAGAGCCCAGCAAUCGGAGGCUACCGUGCCUACCUCCCUGGGUUCAUCCCUCGACACGCUGGAGUACGUGAUCACCGUCGGCAUCGGCUCGCCGGCGGCAACUCAGACCAUGCUCAUCGACACCGGCAGCGACGUGUCGUGGGUGCAGUGCGAGCCGUGCCCGGAGUGCAGCUCCCAGGUGGACGCGCUGUUUGAUCCCAGCUCGUCGUCAACAUACUCCCCGUUCACCUGUGACUCCGCCGCCUGCACGCAGCUCGGCCCAGAGGGCAACGGCUGCUCGAGCUCCCAGCAGUGUCAGUACAUUGUCCAUUACGCCGACCGCUCGAGCACGACCGGGACGUACACCUCCGACACGCUGACGCUGGGAUCCUACACCAUCAGCAGCUUCCAGUUUGGAUGCAGCCAGGCCGCGUCCGGCCAGUACGGCAAAACCGACGGGCUCAUGGGACUCGGCGGCGGCCCGCAGUCGCUCGUGUCGCAGAUGGCUGGGACCUUCGGCACGGCGUUCUCGUACUGCCUCCCGCCGACGCCGGCGUCCACCGGGUUCCUCACGCUCGGCGCGUCGAGCGGCGGCGCGGACUUCGUGACGACGCCGAUGAUCAGGAACGACCAGAUCCCGACGUACUAUCAAGUGGCCCUUGAGGCCAUCGUGGUGGACGGAACGCAGCUCGACGUGCCGCCCUCGGUCUUCUCCGGCGGGUCGGUGAUGGACUCCGGCUCGGUCCUCACGUGGCUGCCGCCGACGGCGUACUCGGCGCUGUCGUCCGCUUUCAGGGCCGGGAUGGCGCAGUACCCACCGGCACAGGGCCGGGGCGCCUUGGACACGUGCUUCGACUUCAGCGGCCUCAGCAGCGGCGGCGGCGAGCCGUCGGUGCCGCCUGUCUCGCUGGUAUUCGCAGGUGGCGCGGUCGUCAACCUCGACGUCGAUGGGAUCAUGUUGGGCAACUGCCUGGCGUUCGCGGCCACCAAGGACGACAACUCUGGAAGCAUCAUCGGCAAUGUCCAGCAGCGGACGUUCGAGGUGCUGUACGACGUCGGCCAGAGCACCGUGGGGUUCCGAGCUGGGGCAUGCUGAACGGUGCGGCAAUAUGGACAGCAUUGUUGUCACUAAUAAGGAAAUAUAUAUUCCGAUGAUAUUUUAAGAAUAAGGGUUUAGCAACAGUAAUAGCUGCAAUGGUUCAUAUUCCGAUAUUUUACUGAU